GGCGCGCGAGGCACUUCAGCACCACGGACACAGGCAAGCCUGAUCCAAGUCCUUUCUCGCGGAGGAAGAUCGCUCCUCGGGAGCUGCCCCCAGCCCUCUGGACCCUGGGCGUUACUAUCUCCGCGCCCUUGAUCGUCACUCGGCCGCGAGCUUUCCGCCUCGCUCCUCGCGGAGCCGGGAGAAAACCUGGCCCGAGAUGGAAAUCCGCGCUGAGCCCUCAUACGCCGCAACACGACUUCCUGCCGGUCCACGCGACCCUUUUUCCCUCUCCUCCUCUCAAAUGAGGCCAAAUCGGUGCACGUGGCGUAGAAAUUCUACAGCGCCCAGAGCACCGUCAGGAAAGAUUCGCCUUUUCCUCCCCGUGGCUGCUGGAGGCUGAGCUGACUUGCCCUGAGCCUCCUCCGCCACUCUCGGCCGUGACCAGGCCCUUCCUCCACUAACCCUUGCCCUCGUCUUCCCUUGGGAAAAUAUUUCUACAAACUGUCGAUGUACCACGAAAAUCUCAGCGCCCAUAGACUGGCGUUCAAGAGUCAUGGACAUGAGACAAGAGAGUAAUGGAAAAUACACAUUCUUGACCAUAUUUCUAAAAUCAUCCAGCCUUUUUUAAAACUUGUAUUUGAAAUUGAUUCCAUGACGCCACAGGGACUCACCCCUUGCUUGGGUGGGCUACUGGGCGAGAGGAAAGCAACAGCCCCUGGCUUUCAUCAUGGACGCUGCAGAAGGGCCCAGACACGCGACAGCGGAAAGAAACGGGAAACCGGGCCGUAGCCGAUGCUGGCCCUGCCGUCCCCGUGUCCCGGUUCUCCAGGAGAAGAAUGACUGCAGGAUAAUCUACAUGGCAUGGAAUGCCAAAGAUGUGGCUGUGUCUUAUUAUUUCUACCAGUUGGCAAAAAUGCACCCAGAGCCUGAAAGCUGGGAGGAGUUCCUGGAUAAAUUCAUGGCUGUAAAGGCUUCUCUCACUGUCGUUCUAAGAUGACUAUCAAAGGCUCCUGGAUCCACAGGCUUCUUUGUUCACAUGAAAGGAAGACGAGCACUUCUCCACUCCGAGUGAUGAACCGAAGUCCAGAGCUGAGUCUGGUUGGACUUUCUCUUCCCUGUCCAAUCAUUGUGGUUAUAAGGGUGGUGUUUAUUAGCUUAAGAUAGCUUCAUAUCCCAUAUCAAUAUCCCAUUUCUAAAGCAGAAGAGGGAUAGCAUCAGAUUUCCCCGAGGUACGUGGACCCUGAGAAUAAAUAUUAGAUACCAGUUCUAAGAAAAGAGGAAAUUUGUGUUGAGUGGCCCAGAAGAGCAAAUAUUCACCACCUCUGAUAUCUACCAAAUCUGAUUUGACUUACUGCUCAACAAGCAUUUAUUGGACAGAAUACUAAAAAAAAUUAAAAUAAAAAAUAAAAAAAUAAUGCAAAACAGAAACAACUUAAUCUUGGCAACUCUUUCCUGUGGUCAGUACUUCUGCAUCAAGAUCCUUUUUGACUCCUGAUCUGUGCUCUAGAAAAAAAAAUGUUUAAAUAAUAUCCAGUAGUUGCACCUGAUACACUAAAAUCUACUACCUAGGAGUCCUCUGCUCAGAUUUAACUGUGAAAAUACAAACAAAAGGCAUGGCAGUGGGGAGGGAAUCUGCCGUGAGGAAUCACCAGAGCUAGGCCCAGUGGAAGUAUUGGGGGCCUAAUGGCAAAGAACAAUCAGCCUGCCACCAAAUUUCCUAAAUG